UGGGAGGACUGAAGAGGUGGGAACCCUGGGGAAGUGGCGGUCUGGAGUCUAGGCGACGGGGUGAGACGGCGCCGGUAGGUGGCGGGAGGGGACCGGGCCGGAGCCGGCGGGAGGGCCAGGUCCGGAGGCCCCCACCCUGGCCUGCCCGCCGCGGCCGCGGCUGAGGAGGAAGAUGAUCUCCAGAUACACCAGGAAGGCCUUGCCACACAGCUUGGAGCAGAAAGGAAUAACAAAACAUGCUCUUAAUCAUCAUCCCCUUCCAGAGCAGAUUUGUGAAAUUUCCUCUACCUGUGACAGCCAUGAAAAAGAUACAAGUUCCCAAAGUGAGUCUGACAUCACACGAGAGUCACCUUUUACAUCAGCCAACACUGAGAAUUCAGAGUCUGCUUUUCCAAGUUAUACAGGCACAGGGAUCUCUACUGAAGGCAGCUUGGACUUCUCCUGGGGAUAUGGUGAACUUGAUCAAAAUGCCACUGAAAAAGUCCGAGCAAUGUUCACAGCCAUUGAUGAGCUCUUGUAUGAGCAGAAGUUGAGUGUGCAUACAAAGAGUCUUCAAGAAGAGUGCCAACAAUGGACAUCUGGCUUUCCUCACCUCAGGAUUCUGGGUAGGCAGAUAAUCACUCCAUGUGAAGGUUAUGGAUUGUAUCCUAGAUCUCCUGCUGUGUCAUCUUCACGUGAAGCAGCCUUGUCUCAAGAAAGAGAUUCUACUAUACUUGGUAUAAGGGGAAAGAAGGUACAUUUCUCAUCUUCUUAUACUCAUAAAGCAUCUUCCAUUGACAAAUCCUGUAGUUUUUGUUCCAUGGAAAGAGAAGAGGAAGAUUGUAUAAUCUCAGAAGGAAUAAUCGAGGAAUACCUAGCAUUCGAUCACACAGAUAUGGAAGAGGGAUUUCAUGGAAAGAAAUCAGAAGCAGCUGCAGAGAAACAGAAAUUGGGGUAUCCUCCUAUUGCUCCAUUUUACUGCAUGAAAGAGGAUGUCCUUGCUUAUGUGUUUGAUAACGUGUGGAGCACAGUUGUGGGCUGUAUGGAGCAGUUGACACAUAGUCACUCGGAAGGAUUUGCUUCUGAUGAUGAGAGUAAUGUUGCGAUCACCAGACCACAUUUUGAAAGUCCCUGUGUGCUGAGUGAACCACAACCUUUGGUGUUACCACGAGUGCCACAGUCUAAGGUGCUGUCCAUCACCUCAAAUCCGGUGAGUCUCUGUCAAGCAAGUGAUCAUCAGCCAAAUGUGAAUGGUCUCUUGGUUCAUGGGAUGCCUCUACAGCCAAGAAAUCUCUCCCUAAUGGACAAGCUCCUAGAUCUUGAUGACAAGCUACUUAUGAGGCCUCGGUCCAGUACCAUCCUUUCAACCCGAAAUUGGCCAAAUCGAGCUCUAGAGCUUAGUACAUCAUCUAUGUCAUAUACAGUGCAGUCCGCCAGGAGACGCAACCCCCCACCACGUACCCUUCAUCCGAUCAACACAAGCCUUUCACGCUCUGGAACGCCGAGACCUGUGGAAGAAAUCCUCAGAGGAUCCCGCGUGCUGGUGACUGCCAACUCGCUCUCCUCUCCCUCACCAAUGCCCCUGAGUCGAAAUAAUCUGCUGCCACCUAUUGGUACAGCUGAAGUGGAACAUCUGAGCACUGUGGGGCCACAAAGGCAAAUGAAACUCCAUGGGGAUUCUAGUCGAGCUCGAAGUGCGGUAGUAGAUGAGCCUAACCAUCAGCAGCCCCAAGAGAGGCUCCUUUUACCUGACUUCUUCUCUAGGCCCAACACAACUCAGUCAUUUUUGGUCCUCAGUUACAUGGGUCUACAAAAUCUCAGAGCAGAGGUGGACCAGUCUCUAGAAGCAGGCAGGGACCAUAGGCCAAAUGAGAAGAACCUAUCAGGCUACAGGAAACACAUGGGAAGAUUUCAGGAAUCAGUGUUCAGACAUCAAGUGAUGCAAAGCUUAUAUGCGAGAUCAACUUGAAACCAUCUUCAUGAAGAGGUAUUUGGUUAAACUGACUGAAGAAAACACAACAGAGUAUCUGCCAAAGAUUACAUGGGUACUGUUUCUCUCUUCAGCUGUCUUCUUUGAGCAAAAGUUAACCUAUUCCACUGGAAAGUAAAGUUGUAUACCCAAAGAUGUAACAAUGAAUAAUUACCCCCAAAUCACUGCUCAUGUUGUCUGUUAACAAUGAUCAGUUCAAUAAUUAUAGGAUUUGAUGGGAUUACAUGUACACAAAAAGCAGCAAAUGAUUGUUUGAUAACAGUAUCAUUAGCUUCAGAAUACGCCAGCUUUUAUUUGUUGACUUGUGUCAGUUUUAAGUCAUUUUUAGGAGAUAGUGCUGUGAAAAAUCUAAGUUAUUCAUCAAAUAGAUAUUAUUUCUACAGCUUACUCUUUAGAUGUCCAGUCCUGUCAGCAGACUGAAAUGGAAGGGGUAACUGAAGACAUAGAUGCUCAGCAUCGGUGUGAAGUACCUUAUGUAAUUAAUCAUACUGCAUAGUUUUUUUCAGCUAGGACAGCUCAACCUUAAAAUGCCUUCUUGGUAUCAGGUAUGCUCAUCAUCUUCUUAAAGUACUUUACUGGUUAUAUUUUUUUCCAAAUACUAAACUCACCUUUCCAGAUUCUCCUGUAGCUCAAAGUCAAAGAAUAAUUUGUAGAAUCUAUUAGUGAGCCACAAAGGUGCAAUUCCUUAAAAAUUUAAGAAACCCUGAUAAGUAGUUCAGCAUAAACAUAUCCUAAGAGCAGCAGCAGUAUGGAUCUGCAGCAUUCUUCUGAUUUUACCAGGGACCUUUCCCUGAGGGCACUCAUGAACACAGCAAUGGUUUUAACUAUGGCUUAAAUUUAUUUUAAUUUCAUUGAAUAUUAACCUUGAUUAUCAUACCAGUUUUGGAUCUUAUUUUCAGGGUGGAUAAGUUCAAAUAAUCAUAAAUUGGGGUAACUUUUUAUUCCUAGGUGUUCUAAUGCUAUCAUAUAAAGACA